CGUCUCAAAGCGGUUUUACCAAUCCGCAAGGACAGUGCGCAACAUUUCUCAGCUUUGGAGACGUAUGACCGGUGGACCAUACAUUACGAAUACGUCGUCACCUGUGAGUUCUUCCCCGGCCGUGACCGCGGUCGGACGUGAUCCGUGAAAUAAUGUACCGGGAAUAACAAUUCAGGAGUUCGAAAUGUAUCUUCUAGUGAGUGUUAUUGUUGUUGGACUCAUCGCGAGAGGAGACGGCCAGUCACCGUGCCCAGGGACUUUUGAAUACAUAAACGAUGAAUUGGGGAUACACGGGCUGAUCCAGAUUCAGCCCAAUGGACCAGUGUCGGCCAUCACCACUAGGGUGAACUUCACCAUUGCUGCAAGACUGCCUUCUAAUUACGUAGGCCAAAUAAAGCCGGUGGACGAAGAGCACUCGCUUCAGAGGUUCAACCAGGGGGCGCCGCUGACGUACCGCGUGCACUUCCCCGUCACCUCCCCCCUGCCCAAGCUCACGUCGCUCGUGGUCAACAACCAGGAGCUGUGCUCUGGACCGCCAGAUUUUUCACAGCCAGGCCAAUACAUCAGCACCAUCAGUCUCCAACAUAUGCUGUACCUCCGCGAAGGGUCUCCUAACAGCGUAUUGUACCCCUACGAGCCCACAAUCCCUGAGAAGCCAAUAUACAACCAACCGGCUUAUAACCAACCGGUUUACAGCAAACCGGUUUACGAACAACCGGUUUAUAACCAACCGGUUAACAAACAGCCUUCCUUCGGCAGGCCGGAUGUAACUGGCAUCUUCAAUGGACCAAUCACCAUCACUGGGGUCCCUACUAACACGGCUGGAGCCCCGACGCAGAAGUUUACGUUACAGGGAUCUAAUGGAGCUUACUACACUGUCGUCGUGAACAAAACUCAAGGCUCGUCCCAGCCGGGUGGUGGCCAGAACUUCCAAGUGUUUUUGGAAACGACUACAACGUCUAGAUACCCCCAGACGCCACCAGCUCAGUUCUAUCCAGGGUUCACCGAGAAUCCAACUCGCUUCGACCAACCACCUCCAGACUUCAACCCUUACGAGACUGAAAGACCACCAGUUCGCCCGAUCAAAACGACACCACCACCACCACCACCAAAACAGGAAACGCCGCUAACUCCUCCUCCUGACUACAACCCCUACGAAACAACCAAAAGGCCUGUCUACCGCCCUUCUAAACCUGACCAGCUCGACGGGCAAAAUGCAAAGCCUUCACUCAUCCCAGAUAGCAACAACGAGUGUGGCGUGAUAGCCGGCGGAAACGAGCACCAAGGCCUGAUCUACAACGGGCAGGCCUACGACCGGGGUCAGUGGCCGUGGCUCGUGGCCCUCUUCAAGCAGCGGGCCACUACUCUGUCGUUCAUAUGCGCGGGGACUCUUAUCUCACCAAAGCACGUGGUCACUGCGGCUCACUGCAUGCAGCAGAAGAACGCCAAGCUAGCCACCCAAGACAUCGUGGUGAAGGUGGGCGCGUACAACGUGAAGGAUUGGGGCGACGAUAUCUCGCAGACGCGCACCCUCGUCUCCGCCGUCAUACAUGAGAGAUACAACGCGUCCACACUUGCAAAUGACAUCCUCAUGCUCACGCUGGACCGGUCCGUGGAGUUCAACACCAACAUCCGCGCCGCCUGCCUGUGGACGGGCAAGACGGACCAAAACAGGAUCAUCGGCGAAGCGGGAGUAGUCGCAGGCUGGGGCAACAGCGAGCUAGGGCUAGCGGGCGAAGCUCUGCCGAGGAUGGCACGCGUGCCCGUCGUCAGCACCGCCAUGUGCCGCGCCAGCAACGCUGACUUCCACAAGCUCACCUCCGAGUACACCUUCUGUGCAGGUGACCGUAACGGGGUGGGACCCUGCCUAGGGGACUCCGGCGGUGGCCUCUACAUCAUCGAAGAUGGCCGCUGGCGCGUCAGGGGAAUCGUCUCGCUCUCUCUCCGCCAAGAGAAUGGAGAUGACACAUGUAACCUGAACAACUACAUCGUCUUCACGGAUGCAGCCAAAUACGACAAGUGGAUUAGAAAUAUCGUACAGCAGUCUAGUCUGUUCUAAAAUUCUCAAUUCUCAAUGUCUCUCAAAGACUUCUUAAGUAUUGUUACUGGACAGGCUGUCAUUAAAAUAUUGCUAGGUAUAGGAUCUGAUUACUAUCACAAACUUAAGAAGAGGACCAGCCCCCCUUGAAAAAUAGCAAAGGACAGUUGUACUUAAUUAUUUAAAAAAAAUACCGUUAAGAGUCGCAUCUCAAUAAUGUAAAAAGUGCUUAGAUGGUGAGAGCAGGAUGCCAGACAAGCGAAAGAUCGUAGGUUCGAUUUCCAUUUUGGGCAUGGCAUUUUAUUUAACAGUUAUUUUCCAAAUCCGAAGGAAUUCGACUCCGGUGUUUUAGUUUUUGCGAGUUCAGGGGGGCAGAUAAAGGUCAAGAAGUUUGAUAUUAUCAAUCUGACAAUAUGGUGGCGACUGAUGAUGAAAUGUAGUUCUUACGUGCGUAAUUACUAAAUACUAUUAUCUAAUUCUUGAUGUUUUUCUAGUAUUACUUCCUAUUUACAUCUGAAGCCUAAUUGAAGACUUUCUCUCUUACGAGGAUAUUAUAAAGAGUAGAUCCGAUGUUAUUCUUCAGGUAGGAGGUAGGUCUUACACGAGACCUCCUGCAUGUAUUUAGGUACUUACUUAGUCGAAUAAAAAUAUAAAACUUUUUAGAGUUAGUAAGUGCAGACGACAGAGAAGGCUGUUAAUGAAAUUUGUUAAACCUCAAAAGCAUUUUUAUUGAAUGAUCUGUGAUCUAAACUUAUGAUUGCUUCUUCUCUUAUGUAUUUUCACUAGUUACACCGAGUUUUGAGUAAAUUUUAAAGUUAUUAGAUAGCGGUAUGUAAGAUUUAUAAUGUAAAAUGCAAUUGCCAUUUAAAUAAUUAAUUUAAGAAUAAAUAUCUAUACAAUGUG